AUGUUAGCUAUAAAAUCAUUUUUCUCUCUUAUUUUACUCAUCGGAACAAGUAAUCUAACAUACGGAUCUCUCUUAAUGGACUAUCCCUUCGACGAUCUUGGGUGAGUAUUUUGGUUAUCAUGGGUGUCUCGCAUCACAGAAUUUGUCAGAAUACUGUAAAUUUCCGAUUAUAAACCGUGGGCUUAUGCAAUUUCGUAAGGGGGUUUAGAAGGGCUUAUAAACUUGCGAAGGGGGAGGGGGGCGCUCAAAACCUGACUAAAAGAGUGUUUCAAAACAAGCUACAUAGCACUGCUGAUUUUUGAAUUUGAUCGCUUUUUAAGCUUCAAAACCUUGUAAAAAGUCGAAUACGUACAUCUCAAUACAAGCUAGAGAGGGGCAUAUAUUCGGGAAGGGGAUGUCACGGGCGACUCGAAGAACGGUUGCGUCUCAGCAAUUCACAAGUGAACACAUAUAACUUCAUAAUAUCAUUUUUUUGGCCUGUUUCUUUCAGACUUUGGCACAGAAGGAGCGUAUUUGACCUUAUCGACUGGGACCCAUUCGAUGAUGACCAGUUUGAACUGGACUUCUUCCAUGAUUUGUCCUUUCCCAGAAUCCAAUGGGCACGAUCCAACCAACAUAUGAAAAAUCCGACCCCUCUGGUAAAAAGAAAUGACAAACGGAACUACCAGCUUGCCAUAGAUGUCAAAGGAUUCGAACCGAAAGACCUUUCGAUAAAAUUGAUUGAUCGCGACCUGUUGGUGGUUGGAGAACACACCUGCGAAAGGAAACAAACAAGAGCAUGCUUCCGGAGACGAUUUUGUUGGAGACGAACACUUCCCGAUGAUGUAGACACUAGCUCGCUGAAAGCCGCUUUGACCGAGUCAAACGUUCUUGAAAUUGAAGCCAAGAAGAGUAAAGAUCGGAGAGUAAAAUUCCCAUUACCGACCGGGGGAGGCCUGGAGACCAAGAGAAGCACAAUACAAACAAUCAUCUUGAGCAUGCGCAAACUAUAA